GUUACUAUAUAUAGAUCUUUUUGUAUGUAGUUAGAGAGGUAACUGUUGAAAGGAAAAUUAUUUGACUCGUACGAUAUUUAAUAUAUAGAUGCACUGAUGUAUAAUGUUACAUAGGAGCUGAACGGUACUAAGACAUCGACGAUGGAAUGUACAGGUGGUGAUGAGGAUGACGUCACGAGCGAUGAUGAGUACAGUGACGAUGGUUUUCCUGGGUAUACAAAUAACAACGGAUAUGGAACAUCAAAGAUGAACGCUAUUCCGAACCUCCUUUCAGAACAUGUCAUGAACGAGAAUGAACAACAGAUGGGAAACCCGUGUUGUAUGACGCAUUCCUUUGUCAAAGCGGCCAGUGAAGGUGACCUUGAGACUGUUACGUCACAUAUAGAGAGCGGUAUAGAUAUCAACUCAGUAAAUGAGAUGGGCGAUUCUGCUUUAUGCAUGUCCUGUUACUAUGGUCAAAUCCAAAUGACAAAGUAUUUAUUAAAGCUGAAUGCUUCUGUCAAUUACUCAAAAUCAGAUUUUGAGAUGACCCCUUUGCACGCGUGCGCAAAGAACGGCUACAUAGAAACAGUAGAUAUCCUGCUACAACACGGAGACAUAGAUGUUGAUAAGAGGGAUGCUUCCAACAACACAGCUUUGCACUUGGCUUGUCAGCAAGAGCAUCUGGCUAUUGUGCAAAGGUUGUUACGUCACGGAGCAGACGUAAAUGCGCGCGACUGUUUGGACAGGACUCCACUCUUUGCAGCAGUAAAGGGACGUAGCAAUGAAAUCGUAGACCAGCUCAUUCAGUUCAAUGGAGACACGAAUCUGAAUGAUGUAAUGGGGAAGUCGAUAAUGCACUAUGCAAGUGUUUACAUCAUCCAGCAAUUAGGAAAAGGUCUAAUCAACAGAAAAGAUAAUAGAGGACAAACACCACUAAUGACGGCCGUUAUACUGGGUCAGCCGAAGAAAGUCGAUUUACUUCUGGCCAUGGGAGCAGAUCCUGAUACUCCAGACAUUACAGGCGUUUAUCCUAUCCAGAAAACAAUGAUGAAAGGCUUCGAUGCGACAUCCGUACAGAUAGGUAGCAGUCUAAGAUCGCAAAGCUCAAUAAACCAAUCAGAUUUCCGCGAUCCUUCUACACAACAGAUGUUUCGGGAUGCAUCCGCUAUGGAAUCGAUCUCCGGAUGUGUGGAUUACUUUGGGUACAUACCAUUGUGUCUGGUGUGCAAAGCUCUGACCAUGAAAGGAACGAAGGCUUUGGAGGAUGUUAUUGAUUUCAACUUUAACAAUAAAUUUCCACGGAAUUCGUACGUUGCACCUCAAAUAAAUGCUAGCAUCUGGAAUUCAGAUUUGCCCGGAAUUGAUCUCAAGGUAGUGAGUUCUUUGGAAUCGUUAAUGGAAGCAGGAUGUGACUACUACCGAGAAGACAAGCGUAAAAACAGGCCAUUGUUUUAUUGUGUUAAGAAACAAAAAAAGUUGCAACUUUUCAUGUCGAAAGGUCCAUUACACUACAACGUUAUGGACCAGAAAAUGCUUGUGUUACAUCACUGUGCAAAAAUGAAUGAUGCUGAAUCAGCAAUAAUUCUACUUAAAGGAUUCAACACGCAGGUGAGGAAUGUCAUUGACAGUGUCGACAGGAAUGGUGCAACAGCUCUACACAUAGCUGCUGCACACGGCUCUGUCAGCGUUCUCAUGAGGUUGCUAGAAUUUGGAUCAAGUGCAAACAAACAAGAUAAGCACGGGAACACGCCUCUUCAUUUUGCUGCAUUCAUACACAUGCCUGACUUAUAUAGGUUUCUAGUGAGGGAAGGUGCAUCUCUACAGACAAAAGAUAAAGCAGGUGAAACUGCUCUUGAUAUCGCAGCUAAAUGUCGAUGUUAUCCCCUUUUGGAGGACCGGGAACGAAUCGUCAUUGAAGAGCGAUUCCAAAACCGGUUCAUGGCAGCACGUCACGGCUUUAGCUUUGGUGAGGUGGUUUAUAUUCCAAGGAGACACAUGAACAGUAUCCACAUCACGGACCAGGAAUUACAUUGCCUCCUCAAUGAGAAAACAGUUGGAGAAAAAGGGGAAAAGAAAACUAGUGGAUCCUACGUCCGAAUGAUCAAAGAUACUUUUGGAUUAGGCAGCGUUGAGUAUCAGGGCGAAGCUUUAGACGUCAAGAAAGCCAUAUUAUUAUACAUACACAAAGUUGCGUUAGAGAUUGCUAAAGCUGAUACACGCUUCAGAAACACCGUUGUUUUUACUGGGAGCUCUGCAGAUAACACCAAGGUUGGCUUUCCCAACGAAUUCGACGUGAUGAUUGUAUUGGAUCGAUUUAGUGAAAUCUGUUGUGAACUAUCCUCGGAUAAGAGAGAAAAUACACUGUUCGUUCCCCUGAAGAUUCGACGAGAUGCACACACAGUGGAUUUCUUUGAAUUCAUCAACGAUGGCUAUUUGGCAAGGAGAAAAGUCUUCGAUGCUUUUGGAGAACUCCUAUGGUCUGUUUUGAGUCACAUGCAAGCUCCUAGUCAAAUGUUUCCAUCCUUAUGGAAAAGAGCAAUGGUAGCUGGCCCAUCACGAAAUCCUGUAACCUGUCCCAUCAGUCUUAUUUGGCGAGGUCUACAAUAUAAACAAAUGGAAAUAGAUAUCGACUUUGUACCCGCCAUACACUGCAAGACAUGGCCGUCCUUUGUGCAAACUUCAACAACAGUAGAUGACGAAAUCAAAAGAUGUGGCAUCCACCUAGUUGCGAAACCAUUAAGGACAGAAGUAGUCAUGGAAACUACUAACUCUGAUAAUUUGUGGCGGAUGUCCUUUUCUAUGGCGGAACGGAUGCUCAUAAACAGACUUCCGGAAGAGGUCAAGGACGUAUACCGCGUAUGUAAGGCUCUGAGGAAUAGCGAGGUGUGUCCUCAGAUUGUGUUUACCCCGUUAAACCCUCCACCUCCCUUGUUCAGUUUUAAUAUUAUGGAAAAUAUCCCAUCAUAUUUCUUGAAGGUAGGAAUUUUUAAUAUGAUUCAUGCUCACAGAACAACUAAGUCCCAAAAUGUUCCUGUCGAUGACCGUGUUUUCGCUACUAGUCGACCCUGUGAGGAGGCGCAUGACUCCACGUAUGUAGGGGGCGAGACCGACGUACAUGAGAUGGAUGACAACAAAUUGGACGCGGUCGCGUUAUACAGCUAUAUGGCAGACGCCUUCCAGUCUGAGAAUCUUCCAUACUUCUUCUCUCCUGACUACAAUCUUCUGAGAGAGCGAUAUCUAAAACAUAAAGCUGCUGCCGUUGACAUUUGUCGUAUGCUGUCGGAAAUCGCAUCAUUGUGAACCUUUAUCUGCCGCGACACAAAAUGUUUCAAGUGCGGAUACUGUUUUCAUUACAUGAUGU